AGCUCUUUCUCUCCCAGCUCGACAAGAUGGCAGUCGGCAAGAACAAGCGUCUGACCAAGGGCGGCAAAAAGGGUGCCAAGAAGAAGAUCGUGGACCCUUUCUCCAAGAAGGACUGGUACGAUGUCAAGGCGCCGGCCAUGUUCAAUAUCUGCAAUCUGGGGAAGACAUUGGUAACCAGGACCCAGGGAACCAAAAUUGCCUCUGAUGGACUGAAGGGCCGUGUGUUUGAGGUGAGCCUGGCUGACCUGCAGAACGAUGAAGUGGCCUUCCGUAAAUUCAAGCUGAUUACAGAAGAUGUACAGGGCAAGAACUGCCUCACCAACUUCCAUGGCAUGGAUCUGACUCGUGACAAGAUGUGCUCAAUGGUCAAGAAAUGGCAGACCAUGAUUGAAGCACAUGUUGAUGUGAAGACUACAGAUGGCUACCUUCUCCGCCUGUUCUGUGUUGGGUUCACAAAGAAGCGCACCAAUCAGAUCAGAAAGACUUCCUAUGCCCAGCAUCAACAAGUAUGUCAGAUCCGUAAGAAGAUGAUGGAAAUCAUGACCCGUGAAGUGCAAACAAAUGACCUGAAGGAAGUUGUUAACAAACUGAUCCCAGACAGCAUAGGCAAAGAUAUUGAAAAGGCCUGCCAGUCUAUCUAUCCUCUCCAUGAUGUCUAUGUUCGCAAAGUAAAGAUGCUGAAGAAGCCAAAAUUUGAGCUGGGUAAACUUGAUUUCUUUUCCAGGUCCUUGCAUAUUCAAGAGAGGGCUCAUCCGAGACAGGUCGCUUUUACGCCAGGAACAGGAUGGAUUCAUACUACAAUUGGUCCAGACGAUAAGUCCUAUAAUAUAUUCUUUACUGCAACACACUCCUAUGACAUUUUAAGGCAACACUUUGUUUCUCCUCUACAUCUCCAAGAUGGCUAUUAG